ACAUCAAAACCCUAAAUCCUAAAACGCAAACAUUAUAAAGUGCCUGCAGCCUCCCUCGUAAACCCACUUCGCCUCUCACUCUCGCAGAUAAACCCUAGCAACGCGGGGUACCCCUGAGCUCUCUCUACUCUCGCAGCGAUGGCUCCUCCUCGAGGUCGUGGUGGUAGUGGUGGAUUCAGGGGCGGUAGGGGUGACAGAGGUGGAAGAAGUGGAGGUAGGUCUGGUGGUGGUAGAGGUUUUGACAGAGGUGGUAGUGGCUUUAAAUCCCGUGGGCGUAGUGAUCGCGGACGUGGUGAUCGCGGAAGAGGCCGUGGGAGAGGAGGAAUGAAGGGUGGUAACAAAGUGGUGGUUGAGCCUCACAGACAUGAAGGUGUUUUCAUUGGUAAGGGUAAAGAAGAUGCUCUUGUUACCAAGAAUCUUGUUCCUGGUGAAGCUGUCUACAAUGAGAAGAGGAUUUCUGUUCAGAAUGAGGAUGGAACAAAAGUUGAGUAUAGGAUUUGGAACCCUUUCCGUUCCAAGUUGGCUGCAGCCAUUCUUGGUGGUGUUGAUAAUAUAUGGAUUAAACCUGGUGCUAAAGUUCUCUACCUCGGGGCUGCUUCUGGAACUACAGUCUCUCAUGUGUCUGACAUUGUUGGCCCUACUGGAGUUGUCUAUGCAGUUGAGUUCUCUCAUAGAAGUGGCAGAGACUUGGUAAAUAUGGCUAAGAAGCGCACAAAUGUCAUACCCAUUAUUGAAGAUGCCAGAUAUCCAGCUAAAUAUCGGAUGCUUGUUGGCAUGGUUGAUGUGAUAUUCUCUGAUGUUGCACAACCUGAUCAGGCUAGGAUUGUUGCAUUGAAUGCAUCAUAUUUUCUGAAAGCAGGAGGGCACUUUGUUAUCUCAAUCAAGGCCAAUUGCAUUGAUUCAACAUCACCCGCGGAAGCAGUGUUCCAAUCAGAGGUCAAGAAGCUUCAGGAAGAGCAGUUCAAGCCUGCAGAACAAGUCACUCUUGAACCUUUUGAGCGCGACCAUGCUUGCGUGGUUGGUGGCUAUCGUAUGCCGAAGAAGUCGAAAGCUGGCAACGCCUAGAAAUUGUCCAUGAUCUGCCUGUAUUGGGGAGGAGAAAAAGAACAUUUCGUUUACAAAGUUUAAGAAUGUAAACGUGGCUCUGUCCUUCCUUCGUAUUUUAUCUGGUUGCUUGUUAGAUUUGUCUUUCGAUGUAGUAGUUCUGAACAGUUCAAACGUUGUAGACAUAUUUGUUUUUUUAUAUAAUGGUUUUAUUUCGUA